GCGAGCGGAGGAACCUGCUCAGUGGAUAUCGAAGAGCAACCGAUACACCGACCGCGGGAGAACAUGUCGCACAACAGACGCAAACCAUUUGUUCUCACGAUCGUCGUGAUAAUAAUGGUUAUCGGGCUCGUGGUGGCUCAAAGGGACACGAGAUUGAGCCACGGCACCGACAGCUUCGUCUAUCCCGGACAAAUCAGACCCAGGAACGGGAAAUCGACGGAGAAGCCUGACGGUGGCAGCGAGUUGUCGAAAAUGCUGCAGCUGGCCAAGAAAAUCGAUUCCAUGGAUUCGAUCGACGAGUUUCUGAACAUCGUCCAGGGUGUACCAAAGUCCCAUCUACCAACGUCCUUUCACAGUAGGAUGGGAGACGCAGGAGAGCGGUCGAACGCGGAACGACCAGUCCCGGCUAAAUGUAUGCCCGAAUUGCAACCAGUUUCUCUGAAAUUAGAUAACGAUCCUUCCACAGUCUACUUUCCCUCUUGCACGCGCGUCAUGAGAUGCGGAGGAUGUUGCAGUCACUCGUUACUUUCCUGUCAGCCGGUCGCGUCAGAACUCCGAAAUUUCGAGGUAUGGGUGGUAUCGAUGGAUUAUGUGAACGGACCGAGUUACAGGGACAAGCGAAUCAUACCCGUGGAAGAGCACACGAAAUGUGUGUGUGACUGCAGAAUUAAGGCGGAGCAUUGCAACGAGAAGCAGUCGUACGUGAAAGAUGAAUGCAGAUGCGCGUGCAAUAACAACGACGAGGCGGAAAAAUGCUCGAAGAACAACGACACCAAGGUCUGGAAUCCAGAGCUUUGUGCCUGUUUCUGCAGAGAAGAGUUGGACUGUUCCACCGGCUUUUACUUCGAUCAAAACACGUGCAGAUGUCGACAAGUACCAUUAUCUAAGACAUGGUUUCCACUCACAAAGGGUGCGGAUUACAGAUUUGGACAAACACAAAAACCAGACACUGUACCCCCUGUAAUAGUUGCGUUAGAUGCAGCGGAUCCUAGAAGAAAGCCUAAAGAUGACCCAGAACGUUGAGGAAGUUUCAAACUAGUAGACUGUAUCGAAAGACUCACGAAACAGCUACUUUUAAAAGAACAUGCUUGUAGCUCAACCCCAUGCAUCCGUGCCAUUUUAAUACAACACAAAACAUGCAAUUAUAGUAUUUGUGAGAUAGUAUUAAUUUGAUAAUACAGGAUUAAGUCAUUAUACUUUUUACAUAUCAAAAGACUUUGUGAUAUAAGGAAAUAUAAUU